UGUCAUCAUAUGUCGACCUAAAGCCUAACCUAAAUAAUUACUUUUCGGACUAAUAAAAAUCGAUUUAUUCAAAUGUACGACAAUGAAAUUAAUAGCUAGGAGAAACGGUCGUUUGAUUUAGAAGCGUUUUGUUUAGAGUGUAUUAGCAGUGUUCGGUGUCAUGCUGCGGGCUGUGUCGCGUCUGUGCUGCGACGGGCAGGGACUCGAGGCGCUCGCUCGCCGGGAUGCCUACAAACUAUUCCGCUCCGCGAUGCACACAACAUCCACAGCGCACAACACACACAACGCCGGUGGUGAGACGGUGCUGAGGACGGCGGGUGCGGGCGAGCCGGCCGCGGCGCCCGCCUGCCCCGCACCGCCCCCGCCACCGCCACCGCCGCCUCCACCGCCCCCGCCGCGACGCUCGUGGGUCGCCCUAGCGGCCGCGGUGGCGCUUACCUCUUCACUUGGUGGGGUGUAUUACUUCAGUAAGAUAAAAGAUGACACAACAAAGAAGGAAGUUAAAAAGUUAAAGCCGGAAGACGAGCACUCGGAGGAGGGUGUAUUGUACCCGGCGACCGGCGCCUCGCUCCCUGCCCACGUGGAGUUCCUCGUGGUGGGCGGCGGCACGGCGGCGUUCGCGGCGCUGCGCGCGCUGCGGGCGGCGCGGCCCGACGCGGCGCUGCUGCUCGCGGGCGCCGAGCGCGCGCCGCCCUACAUGCGGCCGCCGCUCAGCAAGGAGCUGUGGCGCCGGCCCGAGCUGGCCGCCGCCGCCGCCGACCCGCUGUCGCUCACCUUCACGCAGUACAACGGCAAGCAGCGCCGGCUGGUGUACGAGCCGCUGUCCUUCUACACGCCGCUGGAGCGGCUGCGCGAGGGCGGCGCGGGGGCGGGGCUGGCGCGGGGCUGGCGGGUCUCGAGGCUCGACCUGGCCGAGCGCAGCGCCGAGCUCAGCGCGCCCGGCCACCCGCCCGCCACACUCACCUUCGACAAGUGCCUCAUCGCUACUGGCUCGGUGCCCGCGCGGCUGCCCGCUCUGGCGCCGGCGGCGGCGGCGGGGCGCGCGCUGGCGCUGCACUCGGUGCGCGACGUUGCCAGGCUGGCGCGCGUGCUGCAGGAGCCGAGCACGACGCGCGUGGUGGUGGUGGGCGCCGGGCUGCUGGCCGCCGAGCUGGCGGCGUCGCUGGCCGAGCGCGUGCGCGCGCGCGGCGAGUCGGUGCAGGUGGUGCAGCUGUGCCGCGAGCCCGCGCCGCUGCAGGACCUGCUGCCGCCGUACCUGGCGGCCGACGCGGCGCGCCGCCUCCGGGCGCAGGGCGUCACGCUGCUGCCCGCCCGUUAGCCUACUUUUAUUUUACACGGACAGGGUGUGGGAGAGGGACAGGGCGAGGGCGCAUGCGCGGAGCUGGCGGCCGACGUGGUGGUGGAGUGCGUGGGCGCCGAGCCCGCCGUGGAGCUCGCGGGGCCCGCCGGACUCGAGCUGCACCCCCAACUCGGCGGCAUCGUGGUGAACGCGGAGCUGCAGGCGCGCAGCAGCGUGUGGGCGGCGGGCGACGUGGCGUGCUUCCACGACGUGACGCUCGGGCGGCGCCGCGUGACGCACCACGACCACGCCGUGCUGUCGGGGCGGCGCGCCGCGCAGAACAUGGCCGGCGACCACCAGCCCGAGCCCUACACGCACCAGAGCAUGUUCUGGAGCGACCUGGGCCCGCAGCUGGGCUACGAGGCGAUCGGCAUUGUGGACUCUCGGCUGCCGACGGUGGGCGUGUUCUCUUCCGACGCCGUGAGCGACGCGUCGGCGGCGGCGGCCGUCACGGAGGUCGGCGCGGCGGCGGCGGCGGCGGCGGCGGCGGCGCCGGACGGCGCGCUCGUCGCUGAAGCGGCGGCGGCGGCGGACGACGCCGCGCCGACGGACAAGCGCUACGAGCGCGGCGUCGUGUUCUACCUGCGCGAGCGGCGCGUCGUCGGCGUGCUGCUCUGGAACCUGUUCAACCGCAUGCACGUCGCCCGGCAGGUGCUGGCGCAGGGCGAGUUCGAGGACCUGUUCGAGGUGGCGAAGCUGCUCGCGCCGCACGACGAGGACUAGCCGGGACACGCC